CGUUGCUUCCCAAUGGCCCAAUUAAGAAGCCUAAGGUCUAGAGUUAGCAAGAGCAAGCUGCUCUUCCAUAAUCCCUACUACAUUCCGUAAUUCCCGAUCUGAACUUCCCCUUACUAUCAUCUUUUUUUUGGACUACACAAGUUAGAACUGUCUAUUAAUUGUGGCAUUGAUACUUACCACGUAUACCUUCUCUAUUUUACUGCAACUGUACUGUAGUUACGAGAUACUAUCAGGAAUUCACAAUGUCGCUCCCAUCGAACGUCCACGUCUCUAAGCACCCGUGCCUGAUGGCCAAGCUUAGUCGUCUUAGGUCCAAGGGGACGGAGUCGCGAGAAGUCAAGUCCUUGAUAAACGACAUAGCUUUGAUUCUUGGAUGUGAAGCUCUAGGAUCAGCAUUGACGCCUGUUGACGGGCCAAAGGGUGAGACUCCGAUCGGAUACGAAUACACGACGACUACGGUGCGUCCGGAAGCGCUAUCUAUAGUACCAAUCCUUAGAUCGGGUUUAGGCAUGGUAGAAGCAAUACAAACCUUACUGCCCGAACCGGUCCCCGUACACCACUUAGGUUUAUACCGGGAGCCCAGCACCCUCGAGCCCGUUGAAUACUACAACAAUCUCCCGCAGCACGCCUCAGAGCCAGGCAAGAACGUAUCCAGCUUAGCCAUCAUCGUAGACCCGGUGAUCGCGACCGGCGGGACAUGUCAGGCGGCCAUCCAGACGCUAAAGGAAUGGGGUGUUAAGAAGAUCGUCGUCCUGUCCGUCAUUGCCGCCGCCGACGGCGUGCGGCGCGCUGCAGAAGAGUGGAGUGAGGCCGUCGAGAUAUGGGUUGCCGGAGUCGACGCCGAGCUGACGUCUAACGGUAUGUUGAAGCCUGGCGUGGGAGAUGUGGGGGAUCGCCUGUUCUUGACGAUAGGGAAGUGAAGAUGCUGGUGAUAGACGCACAUAUUCAAUAAACCAUGGUUAUGUUGGACCGG